UUACUGGAAAUUGAUAUCUCGCCAAAUCUCGCGAGAGUCCACGUUGGUUUCCGCCAUUUUUUCAGUUUCCAUUUUUGCGGCUUGUUUGCUAUGGCAGCGGCGUCAACGUCCUGGGAGGGAAUUUGAACUUCUUUCUCCGUUCAUAGCAGGUUGUGUGAGUGUUAAACGUUACUGAAUAAGGAGUGGCAACAGCUGACACUUAUAGCCAUGUAUAGUGGAGCGCCAGGGUUCAGUUUUACUCCUUCUAGUAAAGAACCAGCAUCUAUGAGAUUACAUCGCAAGGAUGUGAAGGAGGUCCGAGCCCAAAACCUACAGUUGGAGGUCGAUAACCAACAAAUGGAGGCAAGACUACACCAGCUCAAGGCAGCCAUGCGAAUGGAGAAAGAGGAGAGAGAGCGUCAGGGAGGCACUAUCUGGCAGUCUGGGAAGAAAGGAUCUCUGACCACCCAUGCUCAAGACGUGCUUAAGAAGAGAGCUGACAAGAAACCCCGGAAGUUGAAAGUACUGAAGGAUGAACCAAUAGAGCCAGUGCAGAAGACCUCAGCACGGUCGUCCUUCUCCGCGUCCCUCCUGGCAAACACAACAUCCUCCGCCAGAGUCAAGGGAACACCGUGUGGGCAGUGUGAGGCCAAGAAGGCAGUCUUGUUAUGUGAGGACUGUGGGGAGCUCUACUGCACAGCCUGCUUUGCUCAGUUCCACAUGAAGGGGGCACUGCGCAAUCAUAAUGCCAUCCCUUAUAAGGAGGGGAGCAGCCCAUCAUCAGGGUCCCAGAGUGCCAGGAAGAUGACACCAUCCUUAAGCAAACUGGGAAAACAGAAGAAGGUUGACAGUAAAGAAAUGGAAGAUCAAGGGAGAAGAACCAGCCCAGUUGGAGCCUCGGCAGGGGAUGAUUCAGCGCUACUCCAGGGGGAGUAUGAUGAGGCAGCCAGUGCAGCAUCCUUCCAGCAGGCUCUGUCUGAGUGGAGAGCCAGCAAAUCCACGGGGAAAACCAAACAGGAAGCAGCAAAGCAGCAGGGUGACAGGAGGACAAGUGUGGAAGUGUCUGACAGUGGCUGCGGGACAGCAGAUGACAGAAAGAGGACAACCACGCCCGUGGAGAUCCACUUCCAACAGCACUCAAUCAGCUACAUGGACAAACUGUUACUCAGGAAACACAGGAGAGAGGACGUUCCUGCCCUCCCCACAUCAGACCAAGCCAAUGGGAACAGCCAUGACAUGAGGAAGGCCUGGGAGGAGGACGAGCAACAGAUCUUUUUCCUCUCAGAUGAGGAGGAGGAACAUCAGCGUAUCAGACAGAUGUUCCACCACAAAGGCAGCAGCAAACAGUCUCCCCCUGACUACAGCAGGCAGGACACAGAUGUGCUCAUCACUGAACUGUCAGAGGUGGUGACAACCCCAGGUGUGGAGGAAACAAGUUCGUACAUGGUAGAUGAAGGAGAUGACAAUUCUGAACAAACAUAUAGGCCUGUGUCUUCAUCAAGUAUUCAAAUUGAAGAAGCAUUUGUGCCAAAAUCAGGGCAACAAACCCCACAACCAGAGAAUAAGGAUGUCUCAUCUAAAAAGGAAUCUCAAAGUAGGCCAAAAUCCCAGUCUUCACGCGAGAGACUGGAGCAAAAACUCCAGCAACAGAAGAGUGCGUCACCGGUUCACACUCCAUCCAGACCAGAAGGGAAGCCAUCGACAGAACGCCAGCGGAGCGGACGUCAGCGUAGACCCAUUUCUCGAACAAAGCUGGGACAAACCAAAGGGAAAGCCCAGUCGGAGUCCAUGAUUCUAGAGUCGUACACACCGAGGGUGAGGAUGCACGCCAUCAGAAGGGCGGAGAGUCUUCCAACCCGACAGGAACCUAUACUUCCAGGAGGGGGCAUCACUACACAGCCUUCACAGGCUCUAAGGGCCACAAGUCGCCUAUCUACAAACCCACUCCAUCGCUACGAAGAAGGACUGACAGACUUCUUCCUGGUGGGAGUGAAGAAAGCAGAGUAUUCGGCACCUCCUGAGAUUCAGGAACCUCCUGAACAUCACAAGAAAAUUCUUGAUGCUACUUUCAAAGGUAGCAGUGAUGAUGUUGACUCCUCAGUAGGUUUUUCGUUCUGGAGACCGGAAAGCAGUGUUGCCGACCACACAGUCAUACACUUCAUGGACUUUGGCAUCCAGGACUUCCUGAAGGGUGGGGACGGAUUCUCCCCUCCCAAGGACGAAGCGGAGGAGCUGGUGUCCCCCCCAGAGCCCGGGGUGAUCACCCUGAACGCGCCCCCACCCAGAAGGUGGUCUAGUGACGAGAUGGAGGGAGUGAUGGAGCAGUGUCCGGAGGACGAUAGACCACCCUCCGGGGAUCUGAGAAGGUCUCCCUCACCUCAGCCCUCCAUGAGGAAACCCAACAGCAGCAGGGGAAACAAGGACGGCAAGAGGAGUCCCCGGACCACCCUCUCCCCGUCCAACCACGUAGACUUUGACGACGCUGACGACACAAACGAGAUGAGUCUGUACCAGCGCGCCGUCAGGAGAAAGAGCUGCGACCUUGUGAAGGUGGAUGAGAGCAUUCCAGAGAGGCAGGAGUCGCAUGACCAGGGGUAUGAGAGGAACGUGGAGUCCAGGCUGGGGGACAACCUGGCCGACUUUGAUCGCCUGAGUGAUGACAACGGGCAGGAGGACAGGGAAACGUUAGACCAGCUGGAGUGGGAGCUGGCCUCGCAAACAGGACGCAUCACAGCUGAUGGUCAGAUCUCCAGAAUGAGCAUGGUAACCCCAGGAGGAGCUGAGCUGGACACAGACACAGAGCUGGGGAUCCAGUAUGACGACGGGCGCGGCACGGGGCUCAGCUCAUCUUACGAUGAUGUAGACCUCAGCCAUCGCCUUAGUGAAGAAGACCUCAUGGCAGACUUUGAAGAGGUGGAACGACAACUACAGCGAGAAGAACACGAAGACCAGGAAGACGUGAAGGCCCUGCACUGACCCACAAUCCACAGCUGACACUAGACAACAUUGUGACAUACCAAAUUCUCAUACUGUAUAUUUUCUAGGCAUUUUAUGACAUUGGUGCCUAAACGUAUUAGUGUUUUUCUUUCCCAGUCUUUUCUUCUAACCCCAUAAUGUAGUGUUAGCAAUGAUUUACAGGUUGGAGAGUUGUUAACUCCAAGUCAAAGUCAAUA